UCUGGCUCUCACCUGUAAGAGGAGCCGCCCAGGUGACCGGGAGCUGAGAGCCCGGAGUGGCGGCGGAGGAGGAGGGGCCCCGGGCGGAGACGGAUAAGAGACCCCGGGAGGAGCGCUCGUCCUCACACCACAAUGGGCAGCAAGGAGAGGUACCACUGGCAGACCCAGAAUGUUCGGCAGAGCGGUGUGGACGACAUGGUUCUUCUGUCCAAGAUCACGGAGGAGGCCAUUGUCGACAACCUGAAGAAACGCUACAUGGACGACUUUAUAUUCACAUACAUUGGUCCAGUGUUGAUCUCUGUUAACCCUUUUAAGCAGCUGCCGUAUUUCACAGAUAAGGAGAUAGAGAUGUACCAGGGAGCGGCUCAGUAUGAGAACCCCCCGCACAUCUACGCCCUCGCUGACACAAUGUACCGGAACAUGCUGAUAGACGGAGAGAACCAGUGUGUGAUCAUCAGCGGGGAGAGCGGAGCCGGGAAAACGGUGGCAGCCAAGUACAUCAUGGCCUACGUGUCCAAGGUGUCCGGCGGAGGGCCCAAGGUUCAGCACGUGAAGGACAUUAUCCUCAAGUCCAACCCAUUGCUGGAAGCGUUCGGGAACGCGAAGACCGUGAGGAACAACAACUCCAGCAGAUUCGGUAAAUACUUUGAGAUUCAGUUCAGUCGGGGAGGGGAGCCGGACGGGGGGCGGAUAUCUAAUUUCCUACUGGAGAAGUCUCGUGUGGUCAGUCAGAAUUCAGGAGAGAGGAACUUCCACAUCUUCUACCAGCUGCUGGAAGGGGCAAGUGCUGAGGAUCGGGAGAACCUUGGGAUCACCUCCCCCGAUUAUUACUUCUAUCUCAACCAGUCCGCCGUCUACAAUGUGGAGGAUGUCAGCGACAAGAAGGAGUUCACGGAAACCAUGGCAGCAAUGGACGUGGUUGGACUCACCCAUGAGGACCAGGCUUGUGUCCUGCAGAUCGUGGUCGGGAUCCUGCACCUGGGGAACAUCACUUUCCGGGAGAGCGGCAACUACGCCAUGGUGGAGAGCGAGGACUUCCUGGCGUUUCCAGCCUAUCUUCUUGGCAUCGACCAGUCUCGGUUAAUGGAGAAGUUGACCAGCCGCAAAAUGGACAGUAAAUGGGGAGGAAAAUCCGAGGUGAUCGACGUGACCCUAAACGUGGAGCAGGCGUGUUUCACACGUGACGCCCUCUCCAAAGCCCUGUACGCCCGGCUCUUCGAUUACCUGGUGGAGGCUGUCAAUAAAGCCAUGCGGAAGGACACUGAAGAAUAUAAUAUUGGGGUUCUAGACAUUUAUGGAUUUGAGAUAUUUCAGAAAAACGGCUUUGAACAGUUUUGCAUAAAUUUUGUGAACGAGAAGCUUCAGCAGAUCUUCAUUGAGCUGACCCUGAAGGCGGAGCAGGAGGAGUAUGUGCAGGAGGGGAUCCACUGGAAUCCUAUCGAGUACUUUAACAACAAGAUUGUGUGUGACCUGAUUGAGAAUAAAUUGAGUCCUCCAGGAAUUAUGAGCGUCUUGGACGAUGUCUGUGCCACGAUGCAUGCAAAGGGCGAGGGCGCCGACCAGACACUACUGCAGAAGCUCCAGGCGGCCAUUGGCAGCCACGAGCACUUCAACAGCUGGAAUAAAGGAUUUAUCAUCCACCACUACGCCGGGAAGGUGAGGACGGGUGCGGCCAGCAGAUACAGCCGGGGCAGGAAUACGCUGUGUAAUUGGCGGGAUUUUAUAUGGA